AUGCCUCAGGAACAGUAUGCCCAGAGAAGCACCAUGCAGAGCUCAGAAGGACCACAUGUAUACAAAGUGGGGAUUUAUGGUUGGCGGAAGAGGUGCCUCUAUUUUUUUGUGCUACUUCUAAUGAUUUUAAUCCUGGUGAAUCUUGCCAUGACCAUCUGGAUUCUCAAAGUUAUGAAUUUCACAAUUGAUGGAAUGGGAAAUCUAAGGAUUACAGAAAAAGGUUUAAAGCUAGAAGGAGAUUCGGAGUUCUUGAAACCUCUCUACGCCAAAGAAAUCCGCUCCAGGACAGGCAACCCUCUGUACUUCCAGUCUGCUCAGAAUGUUACAGUGAACAUUCUCAAUGAGAAGAGUAAAGUUCUUACACGUCUGGUAACAGGUCCCAAAGCAGUGGAAGCCUACAGCCAAAAAUUUCAAGUGCUAACCACUUCAGGGAAAUUGUUAUUUUCUGCAGAUGAUAAUGAAGUGGUCGUUGGAGCAGAAAGACUGAAAGUUUUAGGAGCAGAAGGCACAGUGUUCCCAAAAUCUAUAGAAACUCCUAAUGUCAGGGCAGACCCCUUCAAGGAACUAAGACUUGAGUCUCCGACCCGCUCUUUGGUGAUGGAGGCUCCCAAGGGAGUUUUGAUCAAUGCUGAGGCUGGCAACCUGGAAGCAACGUGCAGGACGGAGCUUAAGCUGCAAUCCAAAGAUGGUGAGAUAAAGUUGGAGGCUUCAAAAAUCAAACUACCUAGAUUGCCUCAGGGAUCCUACUCCCCUUCUGGAUCCAAUCAAAAAAUCUACGAGCUGUGCGUAUGUUCCAAUGGGAAGCUGUUUCUGUCCCAGGCUGGAUCUAGCUCCACCUGCCAGAUAAACCCAAGUAUCUGCCUUUGAAAGAGACUGUUUGCAGCAGACUUCAUGGCAAGACAGUUAAGCUGCCACUUAAUUUUGCUAGAACACAGAAAGCCUAUCAAAGACUUGUGUGUAUGUUUGGGGGGGGGGGGGUGUGUGUGUGUGUGUGUGUGAAUAUAUAAAUAUAUAGAUAUAUAUAGAUAUAAGUAUAUAUAGAUAUAUAUAUCCUUUCCAUAAAAUGAGGUUUCAGUACAAGAAAUUCCAGGGUGACCCUCUUGGUGUAGCAUUUAUCAUUCUUGCAUCAAAAUGUAAGAACUGUGAGUGAACUGGAUGCAGAUCCUUUCCAGAGUAUUUGGAUUGUUGAAUGUUUGUCUCCAUUUGUCAAGGGUUUUCAAGCCUCUCCAAAUUUAAAGGCUAGUUCACAUGUAACAUUUAAUCUACAUAACUCUAAGAAGAAAUUCUAUUGUGUCACAAGAGACUGCACCCAUGUUUAAUCUGCCGUGUGUAAAGGCACUAGAUCUGCAAUUGUGGUUUCCCCAGCUUUCUAGGAAAGGGAGAUAGAGAGUUUACAUUUCUAUGAUAGUGAACACAAAUUCCUAUGCUGUUGGUUCUUCUGUGGCCAUGUAGAUAUCUGUAUCUGUGGAGAAAGG